CGUUGACGUGCCACACCGAAUCGGGCUGCGCCGCGUUCGGUAUUAUACAUGACGCGCUCACUCGGUAUCGGCUUCGACUUGUAAACCUGUGAAUUUGUUCAGAAAAGAAUCGAGAAAUUGCAUAUAUUAGUUUCACGAUGUAUAUACUGCCUUAAAAAUCAAGAAAAAUGAGUGAGUCUGAUGACGAAAACUAUGCAGUCUUCGGAAGUGCUCUGGAUCCACUUGACGAAGAAAAUUUACCACGAAAGAAGGCUGUGACGUUGGAGGAUCAGUAUGCAUACGACGAACAAGGAAGACGCAGAUUUCAUGGGGCCUUUACUGGAGGAUUCUCGGCUGGCUAUUUUAACAGCGUCGGGACUCGGGAUGGUUGGAGGCCACAGCAGUUCAAGUCGUCCCGCAGCAAGAAAGCUGAAAACGUUACUCAACGUCCCCAAGAUUUUAUGGACGACGAGGAUACUGGAGAAUUUGGAAUAGCACCGACAGGAAUCAGAGCAACUGGUGAUUUUACGCAGCAUGGGAAAGGUGUCAAGAGAGAAAGGCCUGGAAAGAGCGACGAUGGACCUAUCCCAGGCACUCCGGCUUUGAAAGAAUUGCUUAGACCAGUAAGGGAAACCGUUGGUAUUACAUUAUUAAAGAAGAUGGGUUGGAAGCCUGGCCAGGGUGUAGGUCCUCGCCUAACUAAGAAAGAAAAAAAUAAAAUCAAACAGAGGAACGAAGCAAUCAAAGUAUACGGCUGUUCGUUGCUGCCGCGGGAAGAAAAAACAGUGGAUAGCGAUUCAGAAAAUUCAGACGAAGAUGUCGACACUAUCACCUUUGCUCCAGAUGAUUACGAACCUUUCAGGUGCAACCCGAAGGACAAUUUCUUUGGGAUCGGUUACAGCGGAUUAGAUAGACGACCCGUGUUAUCUGGACACGUAAAUUUAUUCGACGCCCCAGCUUUAUGCGUUCAGGACAAGAACAAGAAACUGUCCAUACGAGGUCAAGCAUUCGGAGUAGGUGCCUUCGAGGCUGACGACGAGGACAUCUACGAGCGAGACGACAUGUCCCGUUACGACUUCACUUUGGGACCGGAGAAGAAAUCAAAGUCCAGAUGGAACACUGAAAGUUCAAGUUCCCAGGGAAAAUGUAUAGAAGGUUUCAUUCCUGGGAAAGCUCAGCUAGACGCGAAGAAAAUUUUCCGCGCUCCCGAGUUGCCCAAGGACUUCAAGGCGACACACGUCGUCAGGAAAAGCAGGUUCUUUCCACCGAUCGAACCGAUGCGGCCAUUAGAAAAUGGUAGACACAGAGGAUUCGCAAGGCAUGACCUGAACGCCGAUGAUCGAUCCAAGAUAAUAAACGACGCGAGUGAUAAUGCCGCGAAGGAACCGCAAACCGAAAGUGCGUUGGAGUCUAGUCAGCUUAGUUCAAGGGCUGAGAGUUCUUCCGUUGCUUCCAAUAUUAUCUCAAGAACGUUGAACCUGCACGGGAGGGAAGCUGAAGAGGACAGGCAACGCCAGGAGAGCCAGCGAUCGAUAGCCAAAGCGUCUUGGCUGGACAAAUUAGGAACCACGAGUUUCGUGAAGGGAGGAGUAGUCGGAUCCGAGAUAUCCUCAAGCGAUAGUCUGAAGAAUCUGGAGCAGUUCAAGUCAAGUCUUUCCACCUUGUCCGCGAAGUCAACCAGCAGCGCUUGCGACCUGAUUCCUGUAAGUAGUCAACAGAGUGCGAGCCAAGUUGAGUCCGCCAAGCCUUUCCUGGCUGAUCCGGACAAGCAGAGGCGGUUCGAGCAGUUCCUCAUCUUCGCGAAGAAGGACGAGAAGGAGAAACUCGCCAGCAUCCAGCCGCUCUCGAUGACGGAGUGGGAUAGGGAACACGAACGCGUGGAGUUCGAGCAGGCUGCUCGAUUGUUCGCUUCUACGGUCAGUUCCGUAGGAGGCAAACUUAGUAACAUCAAUAUCGUCGAUGGCGGUAACGAGGGGACAUCCGCGACAACUAUUCCCUCUAAGAAGGGCGCCGAAGAGGUGAUGAAGGAGGCUGCCAAGAUGAAGAUGUUCGGCAAGCUCACUCGACAAAGGGUCGACUGGCAGCCUUCCAGCAUCGUUUGCAAGAGGUUCAACAUCCCCGAGCCGAAGGUGGGCUGUGCAAGGCCGGAACUGGAGAAGAAACAGAAAUUUUCUCUGUUCGAUUGUCUGGACUGGACGAACAGCACCAAGUUUGAAACUGCCAGAGAGACGGUCAAGUCGGAGCCGAUGCAUGGAAGCGGUGGUUUAAGUAAACUCGACUCUGCAGGGCCUUCUUCGGCGAUGGAGGUGGACAAUUCUGGUGCUCAAGAGGAUGCUCCCGCAGAGUCGAGCUGGCUGUCCGAGAAGGCGAGGAACUUUGAAGCGUCCUACGAGAAGGUCUUCGGGAAAGGGGUCGAGGGGGUCAAGACUAGAGUCCCGGAGGAAUCGGAGGUCGCCGGACCACCGCGAGAUGCGAGCUUGCCUUCCAAGGCGACUGUAGAAGCUGUAGUAGCUGUAGAAGCGAGCUUGCAGGUGGACUCGUCCCAGGAUAAAAGUGAGGAGUCCUCGUUGACCGAAAUUAGUGUACCGGACGAGAGGGCGAAGACGAAGGACAAGUCGAAGGAGAAGAAAGACCUCUUCAAGGCGAUAUUCUUGAGCAGCAGCGAGGACUCCGACUCGGAGGUGGAGGAGAAGGUCGACAGCGAGGUGGUGAAGUCCGUGCUGAUCGGAAAGACACCCGGGGAGCUGAACACCCAGAGAAACACCUCGCCACCGAGGGGGAUCUUCGCCACCCUGGACCUGGAUAGCCUAACUGCAUCUUCCUCAGUGAAUCCCGGGCAAAAGGAUUCAAUUACUGGGCCGAGUACUUCGGAAACAUGCGAGGAUAUUUCGGAGAGGAUCGAUAAGAGGGAAGACGAGGUCGAGGCGAGCUCGUCAACUUCGGAAGGGGCAACUGCCAUGCCCGAUGGAGCUUAUGGUCCCGCCUUGCCGACCAGAAUUUGCAGACUCGAGGAAUCCCCGAAUUGUCCGCAGCCUGCUGACUCGCAGACACAGAAGCACGUCUUCAAGAGCGUGGUCGUCCCCAAAUUCGCAGAGGACCCCAAGGCUGGAGUCUGGGUCGAGAAGAGGACCUCCAAGAAGUCGAAGAAGGAGAAGAAGAAACACAAGCACAAGGAGCGGUCGAAGCACAAGCGGAAGUCGAAGAAGGAGAAGCGCUAGGGAUAGCUUAGUUACUUAACGUUCGAUCCUACGAAGGCACGUUCUUCUGCGUUACUCCUGAUCUCGUAGAUGGGAGUUUGUAAUUAACUGGCAGGAGACCGAGAUGCACUAUUCGAUGUUAUAUUGCGAGUGGUCUACGUUGUGAGUUUUGUCACCUGGAUGUUAGCAAUCCCUGAACGUCCGGUCGUUUGUUACCGGCGCGUACUCAAUCAAUUUCUCCACCACAAUGAUUUUCAGAGAAGUCCGACGACGACGCGGGGCAAUCGUUACGCCUCUGGAUGUCGGUCUUUGUAUUUAAUCAAAGUAAUUGUGGGAGGGUAUUAAAUCGAUAUUUAUUGUUAGCAGGAAAUAAAUCGCUCCAAACUUGGCGACGA